AUGUCGAUUUCCGAAGACCGUAUACGAGAGACAUUCAUUGUUUUUGAUCGGGAUGGAGACGGCGAGUUGGCACUGCCAGAAGCUGUCCUGGCAGUCCGCGCGUGCGGCAUUCCAGUACACAGUCGAGAUCUUGAUGACUUACCGGCGAAGGUGGAUUUUCGCACCUUCAGAGAGUGGCUACUGAAGCGAGCUGCGGUUACAGACCCGCACAACGAGCUGGUCAAGCUCUUUGAAAAGUUCGACCGUAAACGCGACGGGACCGUGAGUACGCAAGAGGUGGCUCAAGUGAUGAAAACGCUCUCAGCCGCCAUCUCGGAGGAGGAGGUCAAUGCAUUCAUAAGAGAAGCUGAUCCAAACCAGUCAGGCAGGAUCAACUACGCUGCGUUUGUCGAUAAGAUCCUUGAAUAG